ACAACAGGAUUCAAUCAAGCCCACCAUGAGCUGGUUCCACCCGUUCCAACCUAACCCGACCCGCAUGCCAGCAGCAUAUGUGCCAGUGCCGGUGCGAAGUGCGAGUGCCUAGAACGACGUUGUACAGAAGGGGCUCUGUUAACGGGGAGAAGAGGAAAAUGGAGGCUCUGAGAGCUUCCUAUGGAGACGCUUCCUCCGACUCCGAUUCCAAUUUCGAUUCUCCUUCUCCACCACCCACUCCAAAUUCAGCGCAGAAAUCCAAUUCCGAAGCACAAACUUGUCUGCCGCCGCCUCCUCUCUCACUCCUCAACCCCCCCAAUUCCCUCGGGACUAGUGAUUACUUGCGAAGUGGUCAGACGAGUCGGGUCAGGAGCUUUCCUCAUGUUGAAGGGAACUACGCAUUGCAUGUAUUCAUCCCAGUUCAUAUACCAUCUACGUCAAAGAGGGAGAUGGCCAGGUUUUUGAAGAAGGUUACAUCACUUAUGCCUGGUCUUCAUGCUGUUGAUGUUGACAUUCCACUUAACAUUCUGUGUAAAGAUGAUCACAAACUUGAUGAAGUUGCCUUAGGAAGAGAAUUUCACAUAAGUUUGGGGAGAACUGUGCCAAUCCGAGUGCACCAGAUUGACUCAGUUGUGACAAUGCUUCGCCAAAAGCUUCAGCUCCAGAAGCGUUAUUGGAUUGACUUUAGUAGAUGGGAGGUUUUUGUCAAUGAUGAGCAAAAUCGGUCCUUCCUAUCAAUUGAAGUUAUUGCAGGAGGCUUAGUAGAGAUUACGAAGCAAAUUCGACUGGUUAAUGAGGUUUAUAAACUUCAUAAUCUUCCUGAAUUUUAUAAGGAUCCACGCCCUCAUAUAUCCAUUGCUUGGGCAUUGGGUGACAUAAGCAUUAGUUUAAAGAGAGUGGUCGAAGAACUGAAGAAGGGAUUACUGCAAAAACAUAUUUUUACCUGCAAAUUCAAUGGCAUUGAGUGUAAAAUUGGUAAUAAAACCUAUAAAAUAUGUUGAUCUCCAGGGGAGUCAUCUCAAGUAUAUACUUCAAAAAUUUGCAGUGGAGUAUUUGUAUUGUAGGGAUUUUUAUUUCAGUUGCUAAACUUUGUCGCCAAGGUUUUGUUAGCUUAUUUGACUCUUAUGAUGGCUCACAUUUGCAAACA